CGCCGCGCCGGAGCGCAACCAGCACCACCAGCAGCCGCCACUACUUUGGGCUGCUCGUCCUCGUCGCCAGACGGCGUGCCGCGUGCGCGCUGCAGCGCUACGCCGCGGUGAAACCGUCUCCCCUCCUCGCCGCCUCCCCGACCGCCAUGCUCCGCCGCAGCCGCCGGUUCCUCCCCGCCAGACCACCUCGCCGCCGCCACCACAAACCCCAUGGUAAAGCCGAGCCGCCUCCCCCGGCGGCGCCGACGUACACCCGCGACGUCGUGCGCCGCGCCACCGCCAUCCUCCGCGACCACCCCUGGUUGGCUGCGCGCCCGCUCCUCCUCUCCCUCCCCGGCCUCGCCUGGGACUCCCACACAGUGGCGCGCGUGCUCAAGACCCACCCGCCGCUCCAGAAGGCCUUCCUCUUCUUCCGCCUCGCGGCCUCCGCGUCACCUACCUUCCGCUACGACCGCUUCACCUACACCUCCAUGAUCCACCUCCUCGGCGAGGCUGGCCGCGUUCCGGCCAUGCUCAGCCUCCUCGCCGAGAUGCUCCGAGCCGGGGUGGCGCCCGACGCCGCCACCUUCACCACCGUCAUGCACUGGCUCGCGCGGGCCGGGGACGUGGAUGGCGCCAUGCGGGUGUGGGCGGAGAUGAAGGAGAGGAGCAGGCCCACUGUCGUCAGCUACACGGCGUGCGUCAAGAUCCUGUUCGACGCCGGGAGGGCGGAGGAGGCGCGGAGGGUGUUUGGGGAGAUGGUGGCUGAGGGGCUGCGCCCGACUUGCAAGACGUACACCGUGCUCAUCGAGCAUCUUGCCAACGCAGGAAAAUUUGAAGCUACUCUUGAGAUUAUGGACAAGAUGAAAGAGGCAUGCAUAGAACCAGACAAAGCACUUUGCAAUAUUCUGGUCCAGAAAUGCUCCAGGGCUGGUGAGACAUCAAUUAUGACUCGCAUUCUUCAGUACAUGAAGGAACGUUUCAUUGUUCUUCGCCGGCCUAUUUUUUUGGAAGCACUAGAAGCUUUAAAAGCUAGUGGUGAUAGUGAUGAACUUCUUCGGGAAGUAAACCCCCAUCUUUUGAAUGAAGGCAUUGAAUCUGACCCAAUAUUGUCUGAUGAAGGCUACAUUACUGAUAGAAGUACUAUCCUCUACCUUUUAUCUGCAAAAAACUGGUCUGCUAUAGAAGAAAUGAUUAACGAAAUGGCCUCAAAGAAUGUGAAAAUGGAAAACCAUAUCCUGUCUGAUGUUAUGGAGGCAAGUUGUGCAAACUGUAGACUGUCUUGUGGGCUUACAGUUAUGCGUUAUAGUUUAAGAGUAGGCUGUGAACUUGAUAGGUCUGCAUACUGUUCUCUUCUUGGUCAGUACAUCAGAAACAGUUCAUUUGAUUUAGUUGUAGAGAUUGUUGAAGGAUUAAUUAAAUCAGGUUGCAAUCUUGGGACAUAUCUACCAUCUAUUUUAAUACUCAGACUGGGCUAUGCUGGGCAGUCUGCAUACGCAGCUCAGAUUUUUAGAUUGUUGACUGCAGACAAGAAUGUAGUUUCCUACACAGCCCUUAUCAAUGCCUAUUUUCAAGCUGGCAAAGUUGACCAUGCUCUUGAUCUAUUCACACAAAUGAAAACUAUGGGAAUACCUGCAUGCUCGGGUACAUAUGAAGUCCUGAUACAUGGCUUACAAAAGGCUAGGCGGAAGGAGGAAUCAGAACACUACAGAAGAGAAAGAAUGAAUAUGCAAUGGCAUCUUCAGUAUCGUGAUCAGUGCUCACCUGAAGAUAGCUUAUGUAACUAUCUGUUUUGUGGCCUGCAUGGAUGAUUUUUGAAGAUGGUUUUGUAUAUAGUGUUCUAAUCAUUUCAGCUCCAUCCUGCCUCAACUUGAAGGUAUUAGCAUACAUGUAUACCUUGACAUUUGCUUUGAUAUGGAAUAAAAGAAAUGGGUUAAUCUGUAAAUUGUAAAAUUGGACCUUCGAGUUCUCCAAAACUAGACAGUGAAACUAAGGAAUGGCAUGGAAGCCAGUGCAAAAUACAAUAAUCUAGAACUGGAACUCCCGAUGUUAACGUCUUGAUUCCGGAAGGAGAAAAUCCGUUGGCAUGGAAGCUCCUAAACAGGACAUCUGGCAGUUUUGUACUAGCUUCCAUGUCAGUGCCACAUCAAAGAAAAACCUCCUUUGAAUGGGAUCAAAGCGGCAAUUUGUCAUAUGCCUGGUUUAGGAGUUCAGGAUUGAAUAUUGGACUUUGUCUAUAGUUCAAGGGUGUAAAAUAGAUUUUACCCUAAAGAUUAGGACAAACUUAAAAAAACAUAUUUUUCAAGGUAAAUGAUAAUAUGAUGCUAAUGGAGAGGCAUUUACCUUUUUUUUCCAUCAACUUUCCUUUCCGCGAGCUUUUCUCAAUUCACAUUAGAGCUCAAAAUAUACACUUCUAUAAACUGAUUCUUGUUCGUGGUUUUCUAAUGAUUAUUUUGUGGUCAGUUUGGUAAAUAUGAUUGGAUUAUGUUAUCUAUCGUACUCCUAAAUCUUAGCGAAAUUCUGUUUAUUUAGUAUUACCUUUGUGGCAUGUGCAACAUUCAAGUAGUUGCAACAUUGUUUUACAAUGUUGUAUCGGAACUGGAGUUAAUCAAGACAAAUAUGAAGAUGUGCAGGAACUUAGAAAGCACCAAGUUUUCUGCUAAAUGUGGGGAAGCACCCAGUGUCCUCCAAGGCUGGAACAACAAACAAAAAGUGAAUUUCGCUGGUGCUUGAUUAUCUUGAUGCCAACAGCAUCUCAGCUUCCAAAAGUACUCAGCCUCUUUGCAGCUUGCACAAAGCCAAUGAUGACCUGCAACUCAUCCAAUUGCUUCAGCAUGGGCAAAAGCAAAUUGGAAUUCAGAUGCAAAUUAGACCAUGUCAGGAUGCAAGUCGGUGGAUCAGAAAGAACUAAAUUUGUUUUAAACCUGGGACAUGAAGUGCCUUUGAACAGCAUCAAUCAACUGCUCCCUGGACGGAUUAGGACUUGCAUCCUGUUUAGCAAUUGCAGAAUUAAACAUAAUUGGGACAGUUGAUAGCAGGCCCUUAAUCUGGGAAUCAAAGCUGUACUUACGAGAUUGAAGUGGCGCCAAUAUCUCCACAGCGCAGUCAGUUCUAGCUUGCUCAGGUCAACUUUCUGCAGAGUUUAUAAUCAACACGUCAGCCAAAAUGCAAAGAUAUAAGCUGCAGAAGCAAUGUGGUGCAAACAUAGUUGAGCAAUGACUGAGAUUAAAACUGCAUUGAGGCAUUGACAUAGAUUACUGUGGAAUGAUUGUUGAGUUCCAACCAAAUGAUUUCAAGCACACAACCCAAGGAAGGAAAAGUCACCGUGUGAGCUCUUGAGGCCGAGGAAACAGAUGUCUUGGAGUGGGAGUCACAUGACAUUGAGCGGCUGAGAGAUUUUCUGUGGAAUCCCCUAUGCUGUCUGCUCCUUGACCGCUGUGCCUUUGGUGAUUGUGCGUCAUCGGAUGCUGCAAGAAAGAAGGCAACAUUAUAGACACAUAUGGCAAAGUUGCAGGACACGGUUAGGUAACAAGAAACUGUGCUUCUGAUUAGGCUAAAUAAACCGUGACCCUAAAGGCAUGUGUAAUUAUAUUCUUUAAUUAAAUGCAAUGCUGGUUCCUAGGAGGAACACUAUUUGUCCCUUGAACUUUUUCAGCUAUACUUGGAUAGAUCCGAGGGUAUUUUGGGUUCUUUUGACCAUAAUCUAAGUUAAAAUGUGACCAUUAAGCGUAGAAGAGACUAAAACUAGAGUGGCAGAGUAAAUAGGACCGACUUAUUUCUCAACUUGUUUAAAGGAAAGUGUAAUACUCCUGGUCUCCAAGAAAUUAAGUGUUAUGGUAUGAC